GUCGUGGCAUGCGCGCAUGCAUGUGCGCUUGCACCUGUGAUGUGGAUCCGUGCGUGCUGUCAUGAGUGUCUCGCUCACGCAAAUAGGAAAAGUUAGCUCGCGGUAGUGUCAUAUGUUCCAUGCUUACGUAGUAAGUGGACAAGAACGGAAAUGAUCCGCCACGUUCUCCGUCGUUGGUGUUGGAUGAACCUCGGCCGCGGUUCGCCACACCAACGUGUGCGAUGUUCGAAGCAUACAGGACAUUGUGCCGCCUACAGUACGAGCGGCAGAUCAAUCGUAUUGGGAAUUGAGACGAGUUGCGACGACACAGCGGUUGGUAUCGUUGAUGACGAAAGAAACAUCCUUGGCGUAGCAGCCCACUCUCAGCUGGCAAAGCACAUUGAGUACGGCGGCAUCAUUCCUCCCAUUGCGCGAGACAUGCACGCGGAAAACAUUGCCCAAGUUGCUCAAGAUGCUCUUAAGCAGUGUCCUGUUCCAUUGGAGGAGAUGACGGCCAUUGCUGUAACAACGCGCCCUGGCAUGGCGCUUUCAUUGCGUGUGGGCUUUGACUUUGCUCGUGACCUAGCUCGCAAGUACGGCAAGCCGCUCAUUCCCGUGCACCACAUGGAAGCUCAUGCAACGGCUGUUCGGCUGCAACACAGGGUGGAGUUUCCCUACCUCGUGUUGCUAGUGUCUGGUGGCCACUGCCAGCUGGCAGUGGUGCGUGCCAUCGACGAUUUUGUCCUGUUGGGGCAAACCAUUGACGAUGCUCCAGGAGAGGCUUUGGACAAGGUGGCCCGCCGACUGAAGCUGCACAACCUGCCCGAGUGUCGCCUCAUCAGUGGAGGUGCAGCGAUUGAGUUACUGGCACGCGGGGCCAACCCUCAUGCCUUCCCAUUCCCAGAGCCCAUGAUGGACUACCGCAACUGCGACUUCUCAUUCUCGGGCCUCAAGAACUCUGUUUUCAGAGAAAUCAUUCGCCUGGAAAAGCAACACGGUAUCGAAGCAGACGCACUGGUCCCCGAACUGCGCGACAUAUGCGCAUCGGUUCAGCGAGCCACGGUGCAGCACUUGGUCCGACGCACCCAGAGGGCGUUAGAGUUCUGUUCACGGCAGGGCCUGCUGCCUUCACUGCCUUCCGAGGAAGCAAGGCAAGAGGCGACGGUGCCCCCAACCGUCGUGGUUGCGGGUGGUGUGGCAUGCAACAGUGUGCUCAGAGACGCACUAGCACAAAUGUGCGACCACCUGGGAGCCACAUUCGUGGCCACACCUGCCAGGCUGUGCUCUGACAAUGGCCUCAUGAUUGCUUGGAACGGGCUCGAACUGUACACAGCCUCACCAGCAACGGUUGUUGAGGACCUUGAUUCAUUUAGGGUUGAGCCAAGAUGUUCGCUGGGAAAAGAUAUUUCGCUGUCAGUCGCCCAAGCAUCAAUCAAGCUGCAAAAGAUUAAGCUUAAAUUCAGUUGAGCCAAUCAAGAGUGUUUCUUAGCUUGUAAAACAAAAAGAAGGAAUGACGGAGAAACACAAAGGCUACAAUCACAACUGAGGCCACAGUUAGCCAAUGUAUGCUUAGGUGUAUGUAGCAGCGGUUAUCCCACUAACUUUGAGCACUCCAGGUGGGCAAAUUUAGUGGGGCCCUGCAACACUUUUUCAGCGUGGUCAGAAAACACUGCUUAUCGGUAGUCGAGGCUCCUGAGAACACGCAAGCCAAACAAUAUAGCACAGCGCACUGCCUGGAAUUUGCAAUUAAUUCUCAAAGUCUGCUAGAAAUCGCUCCCUCUUCUCUCUACAAAUGACGCCAUAUACCCAAAGUCCAUGGCCCUUGGUUGAUUUGGGCAUCGUGAGCUGCAUAGUUACCGUGGCCGCCACAAGCCCGCACGGUCACAUUGAAAGUAAGCUGCGUGUUCGAAGAAAAAAUGCAAAAGUUGUCAAGGUCAUGACACGCGCUGACAAAGGAACGAAUCUUCUUGCCCCCUUGUCAUCCCCCUCCCUGCGUAGCUUUCAACGCGCUCACUGGUACAAAAGGAGAGAAAGCGCUUAAAGGGACACUAAAGGCAAAUAUUAAACCGACGUUGAUUGCUGAAAUAGCGAUCCAGAAACCUCGUAGUGCUACUUUUGUGCCAGGGAAGUGCUUAUUCUGAAAUAAAAUCACUUCUUAGUGGUCCGCAUCGCGUUAGCGCAAUUCAAAUCACCCGCCUGAAAGCAGUCUUCCUGACGUCACUGUUGCUCUGCCCAAUGUUGCCCGCCUUUACUGCGCGGCGGCGUGCGCCAUUCAGGUAUCCGGCAACAUCACAUGCAUGCGGUAUUUUGUCGAACUUUCUGUCAGAGCGACUUUCACGAGCGCGCAAAACACACGCGGUACGCGAUACCGAAACUACCACUCAGACGCGACCGCGUGAGCGAUGCAGGUCGCUGGGCGAAGCGCAGUUCAGCGAAAAUGGAACCUUUGAACUACGCGCGCCGUUCCCCAUGGCAACGCCAAACAGGUUCUUUUUUCCAUGAAUCGAACAGAAACGAAGAAGCAGCAUUUUAUUACGUCUCUUGAUGCAUGGAAGGUUCUUUUUUUUAUUGCAGCUAGUUUGAUUACGAGUGAUUAAUUGUAGUCGGACUUUCUUACAUCAUUGGGAUCAUUUCCAAAAAUGUCCCGCUCGUGGUGCUCAUCGUGUGAUGCAUUUAGCUUAAUUUCUCGGUAAGUAGGGCACUGCUGUUGAUAAUAUUGCCGUUUUAGACAUUGUCAUACAUUGAGCUUUCACUCUGACAUAAAUUGUCAUUUGCCUUUAGUGUCCCUUUAAAGCAUGCGGCAAAUCCCUGUGACUUCCCUCGUACUGGAUGGAUUCUAAAAAUUUUUGCGGCAGUCAAUUCGUGAGGCCAUAGUAAGCUCUUUUAAUGAGGCCAUUAGACGAUUACUUGGAAAAGUGUUGCAGGGCCCCUUUAACUAGAUAGUGGAAAUGUCCCUAGGUACGUCAUCAUUUUUUUUUUUAUAUGUUGUAGACCCUGAGGUAGCUGACCUAAUUUUGACCACAAACACCGUGGUAUCUUAGUGAUUAAGGUGUUGCGCCGCUAAGUUCAAGAAUGCAGGUUCACUUACUAGACAUGGUGGCCACAUUUCGAUGGAUGCGGCAAAAUGCACAAGACACCCAUGUAGUUAGAUUUAGGUCCGUGUUAAAGGAACCCCAGGUGGUCAAAACUAAUCCGGAGUCCCUCACUAUGUCAUGCCUCAUAAUCAUAUCGUAGCUUUGGCACAUGAAACCCCAUUAUUAGGUAAAUUUUUAAAAUUUUGAUUGCCUCAGGUGGUCAAAAUGAACCUUGCAGUUUUUCAAGUUUAAUACAAUGCCGAUUUUAGUAACUUGUCCCUGGUGGGAAUGGGCUGUAAAUUUGGUUAACGAGAAAAAAAACAGGAAAAAGAAUUAGAUUGAAAAAAUUGGUGCAAGUUUUUAAUGAACAUGGCAGGCACUGGUGCAACUGCUCACUGGCGUUUGUCCAAUUACCUUUGGCAAAAGCUGUUAAGCAAGGGUACGUAAUUUGUAGAAAGUGUGGCUGCGGCACUUCGCUUCAAGACGUUGAAACAGUGCUCUUACUUUUGUGCCAAUGUUGUUUUUGUCUAAGAUUGAUAACUAAGGCAAAUCUUUUUUCCUUGGUGUUCUUGAUAAGGCUAGAAGGUCAGCAUUGUUGGUGCGAGAAUUUCCCAUGCUCAUGGCACAAAAACAAAGUCUCAUAAAAGAAAAAGAAAAAAUUUGAUCCAUCUGAAAGUAGCACAGAGCUGCAGAGGAAAUCCAUGCAAGUUUUUCACAAUAGAAACUACACAGGUGAAAGAAAAGCUUCUUGUUCUGCUUCGAGAACCAAACCCAGGACAAAAGCCUUUCUGGGGCAGUCGCUCUUGCAUCGGAGCUAAUCAGUAGACGAACAGACUGCUGAGCAAGGCUGAGUUGAUUACCUCAAUGUCUGUGGACUUUUGCAGAACUGGUUUGCGAACACCAAAAUAUUGUUCCAAUAAACAAUUUGUUCAAAGUGGCACUUGCAUUGCAUUUCGCGUGUUAUCUAUCGUCAUGGCACUUAUACUGUAAACAAGAAGAUUAACCUGCUCAUAACUCCCACAGCUGAUCUUUGUGAUACAUCCUCGCGAGUGAUGCGUUA